AUGGCGUUUGAACAGACCCAAGAGGGUUCUGAUGACUGGGCAACGCAUGCUUGCAAUCUCUCGGGAUACCUCCUGACCUUGUACGAGAGAACUGGAGAACAACUGGAUCUCGACACAGCAAUUGCAUUGGCUAAAGGUUCAGUGGACGCGACACCAACAGGCAAUGCCCUGAGACACAUACGUCUCGGAAACUUGUCAGCAUGUUUGAUUGCUCGUUUCGAUAGCACAGGCGCCUUCGAGGAUCUAGAGGAAUGUGUCAAGAUGGGCAACGAGGCUAAGGAAGCUACCCCCAAAGAACACGUCGAAUGGCCAGCGCGACUGCACGACUUGGGGGCCAUUCUGCAAAGAAGAUACCAGAUGACGCAAGAUCUCGAAGAUCUCGAUGAGGCUAUUGGCUUGACCCAGCAGGCACUGUUUGCCCUGGGGCCAAGCCACCCACAACAGGCCGAUACCAUGUCUCUGAUCGCAUUGUUCUUUGCAAAGAGAUACGGGGAGACAGAGUCACCUGAAGAUCUCCAGCGAACAGAGUUCUUCUACAGAGCUGCGGUGUUUCAGACGCAAUCGCUAGUGGUGACACGCAUAGAGGCUGGUGUGAAACUAAUCUCAGUAUGCAUGGUCCAGCAAAACAUGGAACAAGCUUACGAGGACGCCAAGUACGUGGUGGAUCUCAUUCCGCAAAUGGCUGUGCGAUCACUCGAGAGUUCCGACAAACAGGAUCUUUUACUUAAAAUAGGUGGGAUAUCAUCUGAGACGGCUGGUCUAGCACUCCAUCUUGGCGAAGAUCCAUCGGUGGCAUUGAGUCUUUUAGAGAAGGGUCGCGGCAUGUUUGCUUUGUCUUUGGAUGAGAUGCGUGCCGAUAUCAAGUCCUUGGAAGAGCAGUGCCCUGAUCUAGCAAGCAAGUUCAUUACUCUGCGUGAACAGCUAUCUUCCCCUUCUACUUCUAGAAGGACAUUGGAUACCGAGGAUCCUGAAUGGAAUGUUGACGAGAGUCGGCGUCACGAGGCAGGCGACGAGUUUGAAAGCUUGCUUGCGGGGAUUCGCCAGCAAUCAGGCUUUGAGACCUUUCUAUUACCUCCCUCGGAAUCCGAGAUCAAAUUAGCAGCAGACAGUGGUUCUAUCAUCAUAAUCAACACCAGCAUGCUGCGUUGCGAUGCGAUUUUGGUUGAGAGUCAUCAGAUCACAUCUGUGCCUCUGACUGACUUCAACCGCCGUGAGAUGAUUGAAUAUGUCAAAAACGGCACAUUCAGAAGUGAUGAGGCCCUUGAAUGGCUGUGGGACUGCGUCGCAAGUCCUGUAUUGAACGCGUUGGGAUUUGACAAACCCCCUUCUGAGAGAGACUGGCCUCAUGUUUGGUGGAUCAUGACAGGACUUCUGAAUAAGUUCCCCAUUCACGCUGCUGGGUAUCACUUAAAAGGCUCCUCCGAAACGGUCAUUGAUAGAGUCAUCUCGUCAUAUCAUAGCUCCAUACGGUCAAUCAUACACGGCAGGAAGAGACCUAUAUCCGCUGCGACCCAGACAAAUGCACUGCUCGUCGCAAUGGAAGCCACCCCUGGUAGCUCAAAACUGCCCUUCGCAACCAGAGAAAUAGCAGCUAUCCGUGGCAUAUGCAAGUUAAUGUUGGUCGAGCCAAAUGAGCCUGAAUUAAAGAGGGAUAAUAUUCUGUCAAGCUUGCUUGAAUGCGGGAUAUUUUACUUCGCAGGCCAUGCCCGUACAGAUCCCGAGGAUCCAAUCGGAAGCUAUCUCUGUCUAGACAAAGAAAGAGAGAAGUGCUUGACCGUGUUGGACCUAUUAGACAUAAACCUACAGAGUAACUCCCCUUUUCUUGCCUAUCUCUCCGCCUGUGGCACUGGCCGCAUCGAUCAUAAUGACCCGGCGGACGAAGGAAUCCACCUCAUAAAUGGGUUUCACACAGCUGGUUUUCGCCAUGUCAUCGGGACUUUAUGGGAGGUCAAAGAUGAGAUCUGUGUAGAUAUGGCUAGGAUUACAUAUGAAGGAAUGAUGCAGAAUGGCAUGACGGAUGAAGCAGUCUCUCGUGGACUCCAUGAAGCUUCCAGAGAGCUUCGAGAUCGUUGUUUGACAAUGGCCAGGACUGAUCACCGGACAAUUGGAAGUUUACAGGUAGGAGCAGGUGAAAAUAAGAGAGGCGAUGGAGAGGAACUUGAAGGGAGAGGUCUUGGCGGGUUCUCGAGGGAUAUUGUAACUUGCGACGAGGAGCCUGUUAAUCCGCCAUGGAUUCCCUAUAUUCACUAUGGGAUUUGA